UGACAGUUAAUAAAAACUUCCAUCCAAUUGUCACAAAGUGUCAUAAUUCAACAAACUUUUAAUAGAAAAUUAUCGGAAAAAAAUGAAUACCGAAAAUCGAUACCCCGUUACUGCUUCCUUAUUUAUGUUAAGAGAAAUCAAACAGCGUCAGGAGAAAGUAACUCGAGGGUAUCAGUUGUUGAAGAGAAAGACCGAAGCCCUACGCAUGAGGGGUAGACAGGCUGCUGUAGAAAUGUCCGCCACACAAGCCAUGCUGGGGCACACUCUAAGAGAAGCCUACAUAUCUUUAGCUGCUAUUAAAUUCACAAAUGGAGAAUCUAAUGCAUUAGUUCUUGAAAAUGUCGGACAGGCACAAAUUCGCGUACUCAGAACACCAGAAAAUAUAUCUGGUGUUGCGACAGUAUCUCUUCAGGCUGUAGAAGAUUUAACAGCCAGCGACACGCUGCAGUACGCUGGCCUCGGCGCCGGCGGACAUCGUACUAGUGAAGCUAAAAAAUCUUUCAGAGAAGCUGUUAGAAUCCUUGUUAAAUUCGCUUCUUUAAGGAAUACUUGUCUGCUCCUAGAUGAGGCUAUAAAAUCGACGUUACGCAAAGUAAAUGGUAUAGAAAAGGUUAUAAUGCCAAAAUUACGCAACACUGAAACUUACAUACUCAUGGAAAUGGGAGAACAAGAAAGGGAGGAAUUCCACAGAUUAAAAAUGGUAAAAGCGAAGAAAAAUCAGAAAAAGAUCACUCAGAGCCAAAGUCGCGAUGACGCAGAUUCAAUUUUUUCUCACGCACUCGUUUCAGACACAUCGAACUCGCCUUGCACUCGAUUCUUCCAUACAAUUCUGUAUCAACGCACAGAUCCGGUAUUGUCGCAGUCAGAUUCCGCGGGAGAUGGCAAUGUCAUCUGCUACCCUCAUAAUUGGGAUGACGAAGAUUUAUUGUUCUAAUUGUUAAAUUUAUUUAUUACGUUAAAGCUGUUCGUCUGUUUUUAAGUUCUCUUUUUAUCGAAUAUGUUAAUCGAAUGCUAUGUGCCAGUAAAGUAAUUUGUUAAAUGGUUAUUUACCUUAAA